AUGGGCAUAUUCUCGCAGUCACCACGCCUCGGUGCUACGCGACUACACGACUCGCAUCCCGCCCCGAAGACCAUGGACCGCAUGCGUCGCACAUGUGCCCCCAGGCCGCCUGCUGCCGUCAACCCAAACGAGUUUCAUCUCUUCUCCCAACUCCCCCCCGAGUUGCGCCUCAAAAUCUGGAACUUCAACUUGCCCAACUCGCGCCUCGUUUCCAUCCGCUGCGGCUCCGGGUCGCCGUCAUUGCAUGAAGCACCGGCUCGCCCGUCUGGCUGUACGACCGGAUGCACAUCAGGCGCGCCUAUCCCCGUCAAUCUUCAUGUGUGCGCCGAAUCCCGCGCAGAGGCUUUCAAGAGCUACAGCUGCGCCUUUGGCUUCGCACGCGGCCCGGGCCAGGUCAUCUUCAACCCCGACAGAGAUAUCCUCUUCUUUGGCCCUCGUGAGGGCUACAUGGCUGCGGAUUCCCAGUUCCAUACUUGCAUGUCGAUGUGCGACCAGGACGAGCUGGCCAGCGUUCGCCGAGUCGCCAUCAGUGACGCCUUGUUCUGGAUCGAUGAUACAUACAGAUCAAUGACGGCCGCGAGUCUAACCGUCGAGGUGAUCAAGCAACUUGCUCUGCGCAUGUCCAACCUGGAGCACGUCUAUUUUGUGCCACGCGAAGAGGAUCAAGGCAGCGACCUUGCUAUGGUCAAAGAGCGCAUGGCUUGUCAAGUGCAAAUGGCGGUCGCCACGGUCUGCGAACAGCUGCCGCACUGGCGUCCCCCUCCAUGCGAUAUCCUCUGUCUGAGAGCGCUUUCAAAGCUUGGCGGCUGA